AAAAUAAAAUAAUUGAAUCAUUUCUCACGUCACCGCUUUGAUAACUGCUUAAGAAAUCAGCAAUCGAAAAUGCUCGCCCACUCCGCCAACCCACCCCCAUUCUUCUGAUUCUCCCGGUGGAGACCUUUCCUUUCAUUCAUCCAACGGCUCAGCAUUUCCCCCAAUGCCACGCGUCAUGAGGCGACGCAGAUUGCAUUUGAUCUCACGAUUCCGCGCCACACCGUGCGCACCUGGGUUCGCGAUGCGAUUCGUGAAUUUAAGAGAGUCCUAUUAGUCUCGUAAGUAAUUUGAUUUGGAUAGAUUCGCAAAAGAACAAAGAUGACCAAUCUGCAAAUACAAACAGAGGAACCCCCUCUGAGUCAAACACCGCUUCUAAUUUCAAUUCAGCAGCAACUAGAGAACGAGAAUGAGGGAAAUCAUCAUCAUAAUAAUAACUAUAAUGAGAAUAAGAAGGACCAAGACGUUCAAGUUGACGGAGAGAUUGUGGAGGAGAGCCUGGUGCGGUUGGAGCGCUUUCUUACGCUGUUAGGGUUCAACCAGGACUCGCCGUUGAGCUUGGUGGUUUCGUGGAGCGUGUUCGCGGCGGUGGGAGUUGUGACGCCGCUGGUCGCGCUUUCCAUGUGCGAGUGUCCGGAGUGCGACAGGUACGAGAUUCAAAGCUUCGAGAUGGCGAUCGUGGCGUUUCAGGCGAGCCUAGCCGCCGUCUCCUUGCUCUGCCUCUCCCACAACCUUCGCAAGUACGGUCUCCGCCGGUUCCUCUUCGUUGACCGCUACUCCGGGAAGUUGCAUUGCUUUCACCGCGACUACGUCGCUCAGAUUUCGGGAUCUAUGCGCAUGCUUUUUCUGUGGGUGUUGCCGUGUUUCAUUCUGAAGACAGUGCGAGAAAUCAUUCGCAUUUUCUAUGUACAACAUGGGUCCUGGUGGCUCUCGCUUGCUAUUUUAUCAGCUUUGAUUAUAUCUUGGACUUAUAUGAGUACAAUCUCUCUGUCAGCCUGCAUUUUGUUUCACUUGGUCUGUAGUUUGCAAGUGAUCCAUUUUGAUGAUUAUGGGAAGCUCUUGCAAAGGGAAAGUGAUGUUUUAGUUUUUAUGGAGGAGCACAUUCGGUUGCGCUAUCAUCUCUCCAAGAUAAGUCAUAGGUUCAGAAUCUAUCUUCUUCUAGAGUUCUUGGUCGUCACAGCAAGCCAGGUUGUGACUCUUUUGCAGGUCACUGGAUAUGGUCAAAUGCUUACCUUCAUUAAUGGUGGAGAUUUUGCUGUAUCCACACUAGUUCAGGUGGUGGGCAUCAUUAUUUGUCUGCAUGCUGCGACAAGAAUUUCUCAUAGAGCUCAAAACAUUGUUUCCCUUGCGAGCAGGUGGCAUGCAAUGCUAACAUGCACAUCUUCUGAUGCACCCUCUCAAUUGAGAAGCUCUGCUAGUGCAGGGAGCUUGGAGGCUGCAAACCAUUUAAAUGCAAUACAAGUAGACUAUUCUGAAAGUGAUCUAGAGUCAAUGGAUUAUGCUGGAAUGUUUACAAAUACCCAAUGGACUUCCAAUGUGUCUUCACAUCACAAGAGACAAGCUUUUGUGAUGUAUUUGCAGACGAAUCCAGGAGGAAUCACUAUAUUUGGAUGGACAGUUGACCGGUCUCUGGUCAACACCAUAUUUUUCCUUGAAUUAAGUCUGGUUACCUUUGUUCUCGGUCAGACCCUAAUCUAAGGAUAAAAUUUGCAAAAUGACAUAAAAAAAAAAACCCUUUGGCUUUAGGUCUUCCUGGUUACCACCAUCAAUUUGAUUGAAAGUCCUCCGCAUGCCGAGCCAGAAUGUCGCAUGCACACAGUAGCCAUGCAGAGAAGUAGAGAAACAGUGUGUAUUGUCCACCCAGGGACUGGACCAGGCACACUACUGUUAAAUGCGAGGCCUCUUCCUCAAUCCCCAGCAACACAGAUGUCUCCAAAAUUCUAUUCGUCAUUCUCAUUCCUCAGUCAGCAUACUUAUCUCCGUGGAUCUUGUGACUUCUAAUUUGCACAAUAUGCAAUCAAACAACAUACCUUAAACUAAUACCACCUUAAAAGAUACUUGGGAGUUUUCUGCCUACUAGGGCUCCUCGAAGCAGUCGUUCUCAAAUUGUUUCAAUUCAUAACCUAAGGUUUGCAUCAUCUCAUUUGUAAUCGAAGGAUCAUAGCUAUAGUCAUGUCUCCCCCUGCGUUGAAGAUUCCAGCCUCUGGACAUUUGUGACCUUUAUAAGAGCGUUCGCAUGUUGAACUCGUAUGUGUUUUGCUUUGGAGUAGUUGGAAGCAAGAAAGGGUGUUGGGCACUAGGAAGGACAUAAAGGUUUAAAUUUUCAACUAGGAAUAUGGAGAGAACCUAAGGACCAAUCGUGUUGGGUGUGCAAGUGCCGGUGGAUAGUCAUAUUACCGAGUAAUGUUGCUUGCAAAUUCUGAUCUAGUUAGAUUACAGUGAUUGUUUUUAUUAUUAUUAUUUGAGAUAUGCCUAAGGCUGAUUUCAAUUGUAUAAUAGACAAUAAUAGAGUUGCGUAUUUCGAAUGACAAGUUUAUAAUUAUUGGUUGGUCGUGCACCAACCCUCUUUUAUUUUCUUCA